AUGCCUAUAGAUCAAGAAAAAUUAGCCAAAUUACAAAAGCUGUCAGCGGCAAACAAAGUUGGUGGCACAAGAAGGAAAAUAAACAAGAAGGGCAAUCUGUUCAAUAUAAAUGACAAGGACGAUAGUAGAUUACAAACAGAACUGCAUAAACUGCAUCCAUUGACGAUUGAAGAUGUUGCUGAAGCAAAUUUUUUCAAGAAAAAUGGGAAGGUUUUACAUUUCAAAAAUGCAGUUGUUCAGAUUGCACCCCAAUGUAAUGUCACAGUGCUUCAUGGUCAACCAAAAGAGAACACAAUUCAUGGCUUAUACCCAAGUGUGGCUUCCCAAUUAGGUAACCAAGAGCUUGAUUAUUUGACAAAUUUAGCUCAUAAGCUAGAAAAUGAACGGACAAUUCUCGAUCAACUGGUUGAGGGAGAUACCAGGACAAAAGAACGAGAAACGAAUGGUUAA